CAAAUAUACAGUUUAAGUUUCUGUAGCCUACUCGAUUAGCCAGGAGGGCUGACGUGCGACCCACGGACCUAGAGAGGCUACAUGAUAGAAUGUGGUUAAUGAAUUGUCUUUUUUACCAAACGUCCAUCUACGAAAACAACGGUGUACCGUGUAGCUGCUGCUGUUCAUCAGUCAAUUCGUCCACAUCCAGUGUCAGCGUACAGUGACAAAAUGCAAGGCAGGUGGGAGCCCAUGAUGCUGAAAUGUGAUGUUUGACCUCCAAAUUCUCUUGGGAUGAAUAAGGAAACAACCCCAUGGAACCCUCCAGUAGCUGCCAGUAUGUCGUCAGCAGUGGAGGCCAGUAUGUACAACAGUAUCCAGGCCAUCCUCAGACAGGCUGCCUCCUCAUGCAACAAAGGUAUGUUGAGGUGGACUCUUCAUAAGAAGGUGGAGACCCAUCCAUCUAACAGUGUCUCACUGGUCAGCGUUCUGGUCAAAGAGCUAGAGAAGGUGGAGAGGCUUGACUAUAAGAUGCAUGUCAUUCCAUUGCUUCACACUCUCAACUAUGUUAUUAUUCAGCAGUCUGGCCACAUUCCAUGUAACCUGUUUCAGAGAGUGUAUGAGUGCUUCAAAAGGCUGCUAACACUUCCAGAGCCCUACUGUACUAUCGCGCUGAGAUACAUGAGAAGCAUAAAGAUGGAGCAGAUCACACCAGGAGCUUUGUAUCAGAGAAGGGUAAUUGCUGAGCAGAGCCUAAGGAACAAACAUUUUCCCCAGCAGGAAAAGGUAUUUGUGUUUGCAGACCCGGCUGUGUUCUCAGGGUCCCUGUGGCAGGCGGUGAGGGCAGACCUGGUGCUGGCCAGCCCCCAAAGUGACACACUGGCAAGACGGGUGCUACUGCACACUCUGCAGGCUGGACUGGUGAAGGCCUGUCAUGGUCCCAUACUGACUCAAGCUCUGGAGGAUCUAGGAGAAGAUGUGGAGCACUACUUCCAGGAGGUGGUGUUAGCUGUAGAGCAGAGUAUAGAGAACGGCGAGGCCGGCUAUGACCAGUACCAGACCAGGCUACAGCACAUCUACAAUGACAUCCUGACCUCUGCUAACCAAGACCCAAAGGCCCGUGGCUCUCUUUCUAACACUCCAUUGCCCUCUCCAAAGAUUCACUUCCACCUGUGGACAAACGAAGAGGAGCUGUGGAAUGAGCUGGUGAACUUCACCCUAAACGUUUCCACCUCUGAGCGGAACUCUAUGUACCAGGAGGAGGAAGAGGAGGAUGUUUCUAAGAGGGUUUCCCUCCUGUCUGUUGAUAGUGGAAUAGAGAAGGACCUGUCUGACAUGGAGGAGCGGGAACAGAGGAAUCCAUUCACCCGGUCAGAGGGUUUCAGAGGGAGAAUGAAGCCAGAAGAUAAAAUGGCUCUGGUACAGGAAAACAUCAAGGGGCCCACCAGUAGCACCCCUCUCCCUAAAGAGGAGGGGAACCAUACCGCACGCAUAGUGAUGAUGGGAGACGACAGGGUGCUGGGGAGACUGGCCAAGGCGUAUCACUCCAUCCGAAAAAGGGAGGCAAAACAUCACAUCUUGACCAAGAGAGUGAACGUACAGAUAUACUACAUCCCUGUCACUGAUGAGUCUAUCGUCAAUUCACCUGAAAGCACAUCACAAGUUGGAGACAGGUUGUCUCUAGCUUCGUUCUUAGGAAGGGUCGAUCCCUGGUACGAAAGCAACAUCAACAGUUUGGGAGCCAUGAUUCCAAAGCUGGCAGGAACGCAGUCCAGUCGCAGCAGGUCAUCAGAACCCAAUCACUUCCUUGUGGACGUCCUCUCCUACUACCUUCGCUGUGGCCUACAGCCUGUCCACUUCACACUCUACUCUGUCAAGAUCUCUGUCUCUGGCCAGACUGGCAGCCCUGUGGACGAGGUGUUUGUGUCCCACCUGGAUGCUGAGUUCCCGGAGUUUAAAACACUCAGAGAAAAUCUAAGACAAGAGAGAUCUAGUAGGCGACGAACCAGGAAGACACAUGGAACCUGUGGAGCGGUGGUUUCUAUGAAUUACAGUAAGGUCUCCUUGAGCAAACAAGAGGUUGUCCAGGGUAUGUCAGUCAUGACAUGUGGAGUGGUCAUCAGUGCAAUAUCACCCAAUGAAACAGAAGGUCUUGAUUUCCUCACUGUCAAUUUUGACAGUACAAAUCCAAAAUGCUGCACGGAGAUCAGAACCCAAAACAUUAAAAUCAGAAUCCUGGAGGAUAAGACUUUCACUGUCUGUCUGGACAAAGACUGUCGCAGGAAAUACACACAUGUCCAAAGCAUUGAGAUCUCUCCAUGUUUGGAUCCAGGGUAUUGCCUCCAGACAAGUUCCAAGUCCAAGUUCAGUGUGGGAGAGGAGAGGGAGGUGGGGCUGAGCAAAUACAUGUGCAAGAUCCUGCCUCUGCCAAUCAACACCUUCACUGGCAUCAACCACUGAGGGGAUUUGAUUAUUUAGCCCGGGCUCUGUCCCGGGCGUGAGCCAGGUGCCCCGGUCUGGCCAACGGCGAAGUAAGCUAAAAAAUAAAAGUGACGUCGGUUAUGCACGUGGAGUAAUGAGUAGGAUUCACAUACGAAAUUUUGAUUAAAAAGUGUUUUAUCUGCCUUCCCAAUGAAAUCUAGUUUGAAAAUUCGAACAUAUAUUUUAUGAAAAGAGAUGUAUGUAUUUUUUAUUGUAUUUUAUUAUGAUCCCCAUUAGCUGUUGCAAAAGCAGCAGCUACUUUUCCUGGGUUCCACACAAAACACGAAACAUUACAUAAUACAGAACAUUAAUAGACAAGAACAGCUCAAAGACAGAACUACAUACAUUUAAAAAAAAAGGCACAUGUAGCCUACAUAUCCAUGCAUACACACAAACUAUCUAGGUCAAAUAGGGGAGAGGCGUUGUACCGCGAGGUGUUGCUUUAUCUGUUUUUUUUAAACCAGGUUUGCUGUUUAUUUGAGCAAUAUAAGAUAAUGGCUCUAUAUAUAAUACUGUAUGCUUUCUUAAAUUCGUUCUGGAUUUGGGGACCGUGAAAAGACCCCUGGUGGCAUGUCUGGUUGGGUACGUGUGUGUGUCAGUUGUGUGUAAGCUGACGGUGCAAACAAUUUGGGAUUUUCAACACAAUGUUUCUUAUAAAAAGAAGAAGUGAUGCAGUCGGUCUCUCCUUUAUAUCAGCCCUCUGUGUCACGCCUGCUCCCACUCUUCCCCCCUGGCACUCGAGGGCGCCAGGCUCCCCAGCAUUGCGCACUCCUGCCAUCAUCAUUACACACACCUGCCUUUCCCCGUCACGCGCAUCAGCGAUUAUUGGACUCACCUGGACUCAAUCACCUCUGUCAUUACCAUCCCUAUAUUUGUCUGGUUCCCCACUCUGUUCCCUGCUUCUGCAUUAAUUGUUGUUUGUCUUUGUUUACCCGUGUGCUGACACUGUUCCUGUUCUGUUCCUAAUUAAAUGUUUGACUCCCUGUA